UAUAAUCUGUGCUUUUUAGUUUUAAAACUGAAGGGAUUCUAUUUCUUUGUAGAUUGGAAAAAUUAUAGACCACUUUGAUAAAAUAAGUACUCUGAAUACAUUUUAUUACAAAACUCAAAUCUAAAAUGCGAUGGACGGUGCAUAUCGAAGGCGGUCCAAUGCGGGUAAAUCAUGCUGCAGUUUGUAUUGAAGACAAAAUUUAUUCUUUUGGUGGAUAUUGCUCGUCUGAAGAAUAUAAAGAUUGGGAACCAAUUCCAGUUCAUGUCUUGAACACUACAACUCUUAGAUGGGCUCCUAUUAAUUAUAAAAAGACCAACCUAGUACCUUUUCAAAGAUAUGGACAUACAACAGUAGCUUAUGGCCACAGAGUUUUUAUGUGGGGAGGCAGAAAUAAUUCUGUGGCCAGUGAAAUACUAUCAUGUUUUGAUACAAAAAAAUUAGAAUGGAGUACACCUCCUGUAUCAGGCAUAGUGCCAUAUGCUAAAGAUGGGCAUUCAGCAUGUGUUAUAAAAAAUAAAAUGUACAUUUUUGGAGGGUUUGAAUACUCCAGUGACAGAUAUUCACAGGAUGUACACUGUUUAGAUCUGGAUAAUUUAAAAUGGACUUUCAUUGAUACCCGAGGUUCUCCUCCAUCAUAUCGUGAUUUCCACACUGCUGUUGCUUAUGAUGAUAGAAUGUAUGUGUUUGGAGGCAGAGGAGGUGGUGACUUCAGCCCAUACAGUAACUUAGAUGAGGAAUACUGUCCCAAAGUAUACUAUUUAGAUACUAUAGAACAUAAAUGGGUAGUUGCUGAACCAGCUGGACCAUGGCCUGAAGGCAGACGCAGCCAUUCAGCUUGGCUUUACAAAGACUUCAUGUAUAUCUUUGGAGGUUUCAAUGGAGAUACUAAAACUCAUUUCAAUGAUCUUAAUAGAUAUUCAAUAAAGGAGAACCGUUGGGAAAACAUUAAUGUGGGUGGUUCUGUUCCAUGCAAGAGGAGACGUCAGGCAAGUUUAAUCUACAGGGAUAAAGUGUAUCUGUUUGGUGGAACAAGUCCUUGCCCUCACACAAGCAAUCGGCCUGAUGUAGAUGACACAGAUAAUAACCCAGAGAGGUUGAUUGACAAUAGUGAUCUCCACAUACUGGAUUACUCUCCAACACUCAAAACUCUUAGUAUACUCUCUGUGCUGGAACACCAGCUUGAUCAAACAGGUCUGCCUCGGGAUAUUAUAUUAGACAUUCAAAUGAUGACUCUUCCAAAUCGCAUCAGCAGACCUAAUAACCAAGCUGGUUGAGACUUGAGUCACUGAUAGAAAUGAAGAGGGGUUAAUAAUCUAGCUCUCUAUCUAUACAAGUUGAACAAAUAUUAAUAGCGCCUUUCAGAAAUUUCGUGAUUUCCUACAUUUUAUUAAUACUAACUUAAUACUAUAAAUUUGGGAAUCAUGUACACAGCUUAUACAUCAGAUUCUAUAGAACCUAUGUAUUAUCAGUAUAGGA